AUGGCGCCAACUGAGUAUCCCUACGAUCUAGGCGCCCAUCACACAACUGUUACAACCUCGAGCAAAUCGGCUCAACAAUGGUUCGACCGCGGCUUGAUCUGGACAUACGCGUUCAACCACGAAGAAGCCAUUGGAUGCUUCCAAUGCGCCAUCGAGGAAGAUGCCGACUGCGCUAUGGCAUAUUGGGGUCUCGCAUAUGCUUCUGGCCCCAACUACAACAAACCUUGGGAGUUCUUCGACGACGAUGACUUCAUCGCAAGCGUCAGGAAAGCGGACACUGCGGCUAUCGAGGCGCGAGAAAGAGGNAAAUCUGCCUCAUUGCUCGAGCAAGCUCUCAUCGAGGCGCUGCAAUCGCGCUACCCAUCCCAUCUGUCUCGAAGAUAUGACCAGAAUGACUUUCGACCAUGGAACCAGGCGUAUGCCGAUGCCAUGAGAGAGGUGUAUGACCAAUUUCCUAACGAUCUCGAUGUCGCGACAUUGUUUGCCGAUGCAUUGAUGAACGUCACCCCUUGGGCUUUGUGGGACCUGAAGACUGGCGAACCCGCUCCAGGUACUCAUACAAUAGAAGCAAAGGAUGUGUUGGAUCGUGCCUUGUGCGAGCCUGAAUCUGACCGACAUCCCGGACUCUUGCACAUGUACAUUCAUCUAAUGGAGAUGUCGAGUACUCCAGAUCUAGCCCUACCAAAGGCCAACCUCCUUCGCGGCCUAGUCCCAGACGCUGGUCAUCUGCAUCACAUGCCUACGCAUCUGGAUAUUCUAUGUGGUGAUUACGAAUCUGCCGCCAUCUGGAACCUGGAAGCCAUCAAGGCGGAUGAGAAGUUCUUGAGUCGAGCUGGUGCAGUCAACUUCUACACACUCUAUCGGUCGCAUAACUACCACUUUCGCAUCUACGCUGCAAUGUUCGCUGGACAAUCAAAGAUUGCUAUGGAGAGCGCUGCAGAUCUCGAAGCAUCAUUACCCGAGACCUUGCUUCAGGUCACAUCCCCCACGAUGGCCGAUUGGCUCGAAGGAUUCCUGUCUGUACGUGUACAUGUGUUGGUCCGCUUCGGGAUGUGGGAUGAAAUACUGGCUCUGAAUUUUCCAGCCGACAAGCAGCUGUUCUGUGUCACGACAGCUUUCAUACUUUAUGGACGAGGAAUCGCUUUUGCCGCCAUUGGUCAAGUGAAAGCCGCUAGGGAUGCGGUGCAAAAGUUUGAAGCAGCUCUCAAUGAGGUGCCUGUCUCGCGUAUGCUGUUCAACAACAGAUGCGUCGACAUACUUCAGGUGGCCAGAACAAUGUUGUAUGGAGAGGUUGAAUAUCGCGACCGCAACUUUGACAAGGCUUUUGAGCAUCUGAGAAAGGCAGUCGAACUGGACGACACUCUGCCAUAUGACGAGCCAUGGGGAUGGAUGCAGCCUACCAGACAUGCACUGGGUGCUUUGUUGCUCGAGCAAGGCAUGACAGGAGAAGCCGAAGAGGUAUUUAAGGCUGACCUUGGCUUUGACAAGACCCUNCCCCGUGCCUUACAGCAUCCGAACAAUGUUUGGUCUUUGCACGGGUACCAUGAAUGCCUCAUCAAGCUCGGCAAGGUCGAAGAAGCAAAGGAGAUCGAAGGUCAGCUAGCAACGGCAGUGGCAAAGGCAGAUGUACCGAUCGAGUCGUCUUGCUUCUGUCGCAACGGACGAUGA